AUGCAAAUUGUAGAGAAUAGAUCUACCACGACUUUUUUGUCAAUUAUUGAUAGAAUUUGCUUGCCGGAAACCAUUAUACACAGCGAUGAAUGGGAAGUAUACAUGAACAUUGACAACAUUUUAGGCUAUAAACAUUUAAUACUAAAUCAUUCACUAAAUUUUGUAAAUCCAACAAAUGGUCCGCAUACGCAACAUGGUGAAUCAUAUUGGGCUAGACAGAAAUUUAAAAUCAAAAAGUGA